CAGUUUGAAGUAUUCUACUAAAUGGAAUGGACAAGGAAGACACUCUGCCGGGCAGACAGACUGUGCGCACUGUUGAUCUCCAAACACUGAUAGUUUGUCGGGGUUUUGAAAUUCAGAAAUUGGCUGGAAGAUUUCUGGUUGUUGGCUUCUCUUUCCAGGCUGGUUCCAAACCAAAAGAGUAUUCUCUAUCAUAGGACAAGAGAGGCUUCUUUUUUCUUCUUCUUUUCGUCCCAGAGGACACAGCAUGCUGUCGUCCCUGAAGACUCUGCUGCUGCUCUCCGUCCUGUGCGCACCGACCUCCAGCCUGUGCCUGCGCCUCUACCAGAGCGGCUCCGACCUUCUGUGCAACGACCACAUGGCUCUGGGGGUUCAAAGUGAGGAGAGCGAGCCGGGCUACUCCCCAGUGGAUGCCUGGGCUUCCCUCCUGCAGUCCGCGGACUAUCUCUCCUCAUCCACCUCCUCGUCCUCUGCAGAGUCCAGUCGGGAAAAAAGGACUUCAAGUCCCGCAAACUACCGCUUCAUGAGCCGGACGAAGCUCAGAGGGCAGAUGCUCCGCAACAACAUCAAAGGGGACCGGAGGAGCAGACUGACCCUGUCCCUGGAUGUCCCAACCAACAUCAUGAAUGUCCUCUUUGACGUGGCCAAAGCCAAGAACCUGCGCGCAAAAGCGGCGGAGAACGCGCGACUCCUGGCGCAGAUUGGGCGGAGGAAAUGAGAAAACACGGAGAAACUUUGACUCGGCAGAGAGCAAUGACUAAAUGUAAUCAAUAACUUUUUGUUUCCUCGAAUAAACAACUUGUUUCUCUAGGGGAACAUUAAAAAUAUCCACGCUAACAGGUGAAACCAUGUCAUAACCGCGGUGAUUUCAAUGUUCGUGAAUUAACAUCGUCUUUGUUGUACAAAUCAAAGCACAGCGAGAAACCUGAUAUUUGACCUAACUGGAUGGAACGGCGCUAAAGAUGACUAAAUUUAGUUUUAAAAUACAUCAAAGUGAACAUUUGAUAUAGACUGAAGUAUUUUUUUAUUUUCCUUAUGAUGACGCUUAAUUGGCCUAAAUUACUUUUGAUUUUAAAUAUUUCUUUUAUUUUAAUCUUAUAGGAUAAACAUGAAAAAUUCUUAGUUUUGCAGUUGAGAAGCACUAUUUUAUAUGUUGCCAUAUGAGUAAAGUCACGUGAUUAGCUUGGAUAUACGGGGUCUUAUUUCCAGAAAACGAUAAUCUAUCGAUUGUUUUUUGUUUCUUUUUAGCUUUGUACACUGCAAAGUAAGUUAGAAAAAAUAUUGAGAUAUGUAGGAUUUUGCCCAUAUUUAGAUUUGGUUAGGGCGAGCAUAAAUGCAGUUGCUGUUUUUUUUUUGUUUUGUUUUUUAUGUGUAAUAUUUUCCUUUACUCAAAUUUCCCACGAAACAGUGGCACAAACAACUCGCUAACAAUAAAAUACUGUACAAAUCAUCUGCAGAGAUCAUGAAUACAGUAAAAUGCAAAUGCAUGUGAAUGUA